GAAGAAGGCUGACAAAUGGAGCUCUCCAAAGGAACCGCAGCUUCCGGGCAGAUUAAGAUGGGCGAAGGCAUUGGCUUUCAAAAGAUCAUUAUGAAGGCCACGCCUUCCAAGUCUCUGGUCGUCAGGAUCAACCUGGUCUUCCUCGCGUUCUUCCUGGUCGUGUACGCCGGGCUCCUCCUCCGACCGUCAUCCGUGUUCGGCAACAACGUUGGGUCGCCGCUCAUCCGGUGCUCCGACGUGCGUGAGUGCCAUCACAAGCGCGAGGACGGGGUCAAGAUGAAGGUGGUGCUGGAAGAGAAGGCGCGCGACCGCCGGUCGAGGCCUAGUAGAGGUCACGAGAUGGAGCCGCCUAGCUUCAUGGAGGAGGUCGUGGGGCGAGGGGGCAAGAACAAGAUCGGGAUGAUCAACAUGGACGAGGACGACGUGAUCGAGUGGGGGCGGUACGGGGACACGGUCCCGAUCCGGUACGACCGGGUGUCGGCCCUCUUCGAGUGGAAGGACCUGUUCCCCGAGUGGAUCGACGAGGAGGAGGAGAGCGACGUGCCCUCCUGCCCCGAGAUACCGAUGCCCGACUUCGAGCUCUACGAGACCCUGGACGUGGUGGUGGCGAAGCUGCCGUGCCGGAGCCCCGAGGAAGGGUGGAACCGGGACCUGGGGAGGCUGCAGGCGCACCUGGUGGCGGCCGGGGCGGUGGCGAGGAGGGGGAGGAGGGAGCCGGGGGGGAGGAAGGUGAGGGUGUUGCUGUGGAGCAGGUGCAGGCCGAUGCUGGAGCUGUUCAGGUGCAAUGACUUGGUGCGGAAGGAAGGUGAUUGGUGGUUGUACGAGCCGGACCUGAAUCGGUUGGAUCAGAAGAUGGCGCUGCCGGUUGGCUCUUGCCGAUUGGCUCCCCUGUGGGGUCAAGGCAUCAACGAGGUGUACGACCUCUCCAACAUCCUCACCACCACCGCCACCGUGCGGCGGGAGGCCUACGCCACCGUCCUCCACUCCUCCGAGUCGUACGUGUGCGGCGCCAUCGCGCUCGCCCAGAGCCUCCUCCGAACCGGCACCAAGCGCGACCUCAUCCUCCUCAUCGACGCCUCAAUCUCCGAGGUGAAGCGCGCGGCCCUCGCCGCCGCAGGCUGGCAGAUCCGCCUCAUCCGCCGCAUCCGCAACCCGCUGGCCGAGAAGCACACCUACAACGAGUACAACUACAGCAAAUUCCGGCUGUGGCAGCUCACCGACUACGACAAGGUCAUCUUCAUCGACUCCGACAUCGUGGUCCUCCGCAACCUCGACUUGCUCUUCCACUUCCCGCAGAUGUCCGCCACCGGCAACGACAACUCCAUCUUCAACUCCGGCAUCAUGGUCAUCGAGCCCUCCAGCUGCACCUUCAAGAUCCUCAUGAACAGCCGCAAGGACAUCGUGUCCUACAACGGCGGCGACCAGGGCUUCCUCAACGAGAUCUUCGUCUGGUGGCACCGCCUCCCCCGCCGGGUCAACUUCCUCAAGAACUUCUGGUCCAACACCACGGCGGAGCGGAGCGUGAAGGAGCAGCUCUUCGGGUCGGACCCGCCGAAGCUGUACGCGAUCCACUACCUGGGGUGGAAGCCCUGGCUGUGCUACCGGGACUACGACUGCAACUGGGACGUGGUGAACCAGAAGGUGUACGCCAGCGACGUCGCCCACCGCCGCUGGUGGCGGUUCCACGACGAGGCCAUGGACGAGGGCCUGAGGAGGUUCUGCGCCCUGACCGAGCGGAGGAGGACGGACCUCAACUGGGAGCGGCGGAGGGCGCGGCGGAUGGGGCUGGCCGACGGCCACUGGAGGAUCAAUAUUACGGAUCCCAGGCGGCUUCGCUCGAAUUUGAUGGCGUAGAUUAAAUAUGUGAUUAAUUCUUUUUUUUUUUUUUUUGCCCUCUUUUCCAUUUCUUUUUCCUUCCCAUGUUUCCGAGUUUAAAUAAAUAUUUUUUCUUCUAUUCCUUUUUUGGUGUUUUUUUCUCUUUUAAUAUACGAGACUAAUGUAAAUGGGGUUUCGCAUCUCACAUGUGAAUAAGAGAGGAAUGCUAGAGUAUGGUGAAUGUGAGAGGACAAUUCUAUA